AAUCGUCGUAUCUGGCUGUGCUGCAGUACUCUUUCUCGCAAAAUACGAGGCUGGGAGUGUAUCCGUUCCGAUAGUGCGUAGCAGAACACGUGAUUGCUGGCUCACCAGCAGUUUGCCGGCCAUUCUUAUCAGCGUGAUGCUGCAUGCGAUUUGGAAGUUUUCCUCCUCGCCUCCCUCCCUCCUCGUGUACUGUAGGUAAUGUAGUGCCCCUUUUUCCAGGGGAUGUAUGUGGCCCUUCGUCCCAGGUGCUUUACUGUUACUGUAGCUGACAAGUCCAGAUGCGCAUCAAUCCGCAUUUUGUACUGUACAGCACCUAAUAAACUGUAGUCACACAUUACUGUACUGUACAGCAUAGUGUCAAUCAUGUAACUUCAGGACUGGAGCCGUUACAGUCGUGGUACCGCGGGAGGCGUAGGAGCGGACAGGCGUCACUGGCAUCACGUUUUGAGGCUCCUCAAAACUAGCCGUUACAGUCGUAGUACUGUACUGUGGGGCGCGUAGCGGACAGGCGACACCGGCAUCACGUGGGUGCAGUGCAGUGCAAGGUGGGCAUCAGCAAACGAGCCACUCAUUCCAGAUGUUAUCGAGGCGUCUGGCUGGCUGCGUUGGACCAGACGGAAGUUAUGGAUAGCAGCUCUCCCCAGCCCGCUGUACAGUACAGACCGUCCGAUCAGCACAGUGCUCCACUGCAAUCCGUUCACUGGCAGUGCGAUCAGUCAAGCCCGCCCGCGAGAAGCGCAAGCAACCAGCCCAUGGAAGGAGUACAUCCUCACGCCCAAGCCAAUCCCCAGGAAGCCCAAUGCCCUGUGUAGACCCCGGGUCUGGUUCGGCUCUGUGCUUGUCCUCCGUCAGUCAAGGUUCUCUGCCUAGCCUACGCAAAUUACUCAUUUUCUCGCGCAGAAUCGCAGCCCCUCCCCCUCAGGGACGAUGGCGAUUUUCGCUAGAUCGAACGCAUCUGGGGAAGCAACCGGGAUUGGGAUGUUCACACCUCCAGGCCGCCUGGAAAAAAUAUACAUAAAUAUAAAAGAUUCUCCCAAGCGCAAUCCCAUCCGAUCUCGGUCACGGAAACUCCUCCGAGAACCGAAGUCAUUGUUUUGAGACGUCUCAAAGCAAUCUGGGUAACGGAAACUUUUCCCAGGACGAGACCUCCCUUACCCUCCCUGGCGUCAGCACCGUUCUAACGCAACCAUAAAGAGCAGCAUUCCUUUCGCUCAAGUUCAUUCCUAUCCGCUGAAACUGCUUUGAGCUAACUAAAGCCUGCUGAAUCUCCCCAUAACGUCUUCUAUUUAACCUUCAAUUUGAAGGACUCCGUCCGAACUCCAGGUGUGAGUCGGUUUUGAGCCACGAUUCUAAUCCGGAGCACAGCGGUUACAGAGCUGGGUAUACUCUCAGCCCAUCUUGGGUCCCCGUGAGCCCCAGGGGCGAUCCUGACCGUCUCAUUCCCAUGGCUUGGCUUACCACACGCGAAUGGAGCUUUCCAGACGGAGACCCCGAGGGAGCUUCGCUGGGACCAAACGCAGUGAAUCAUCCCAUGAGCGCCCAAGGCUUUGACGAGGCCGGCAGCACCAAAACGGCUGCGUGCAGCAUUGACAGCCUCUGCCAUGGUGGCAGCAGCCGUAGCUCCCCCACCCCAGCGCACAUGGCGGCAGACAUCCCUGUGCCCCAAGGACGGACGAGGAGAGCGGAGGAGGUAGCUGGCAUCGCUUAUGCAGGGAAGCAUGGAGUCGUCGGGUACUUAGUGACUGCUGAUGGGAAAAGUGUGUGUCAUGGCGUGAUCAUGGCUCCUCGCAGCCCAUGGGCGAAGGAGCUGGUGAGAGAGCACAGCUUGAAGUCAAUUUCUGAUGCGACUCAAAAGGAGCUGGUGAGAGAGCAUGGCUUGAAGCCAGCUUUUGAGCCGACUCAACAGGAGCUGGUGAGCGAGCAACGCUUGGUGCUAGUCCGAGAGCACAAGCCAAGGGAGCAAAAGCGGAAGCGAGAUCAUGAACAUGGUUGUGACAGCAGUCGCAAGAAUACACCUCCCGGGACCCGUGUGGCAAGAGGGGGAAAGAACGCCGGCCGGGCUGAGAAGCAUGCAAGCAGUCUCCCCGUGGGCGCUCGAAGUGCAGCCGUUGUGAGAGAUCCAGGAUUGG